UUCUCAGGUAUGGAUGAAGACAAGGAGGAGGAGGAGGAUGAAGAAAGUAGGGGGCGUGUACUUAAUAGUCUCUCCCACGUUGCGUAGCGUGGAAAUGUGACGUGUGGGAGCCGCGGAGAGAGCGAAUGUAUGCAUGUUGUGUUUGUUGUGUGUGUGACAGUGAGUUCCACAGCGGGAAAGUGCCCGCGGCUUACCCCACUUUGGGCUCUUCGUCUCCCGCCAGGACCAGCCGGGGACUUCACCACCACCAGGUCUGGACUCCUGGAAGUGCAACAAAAGUCCCGUCAUUGGGGUUGUGAGCGAUGCACUGGCAGCAUGGCCAAGUGGUUCAAGGAGCACCUCGGAUUCAAAACUACCAAAGCACCCCCUCCGGCGCCUCCGAAGCCGGACUACCGACACUGCCUUACCGGUGUGCCCGGUGCGCCUGGCUUCCAAGCGGCCAUCUCCGGAGCUACUUUCCCCGCUCAGCCGGACAUUCUGGCCGCCUACAAACUGCAAAAGGAGCUGGACUUCGAGGACCCGUACACUCCCGGCGGAAAUGUGGCGUUUGGCUGCGGCAGCGUGAACGCCGUGGGGGCGCAGGAUAUCAAGUACGUGUCGCCGAAGCACCGUCUCAUCAAGGUGGAGACGGUGGAAAAGAACAGUCCGGCUUCCGGCGGAGGUGUCACGGUCACUCAGGCUGUCGCCUUGGGGAGCGUGAAGUCUCCCACCUCGCCUCCUACGGAGCAGGACAGCAAGGAGAAGCUCAUUAUCCUGGAAGACUACGCUGACCCUUUUGACGCAGAGCAGGCCGGCGGCGUACAGAUUACGACGGAAAAAGUGACGACGGAGAACGACGGCUAUAUGGAACCCUAUGAGGCCCAGAAGAUGAUGGCAGAAAUCCGAUCUAACAGCCGAGGUCCUAAGGACGGCGCCUCCAAGCAGCUGCCCCUCUACGACACACCGUACGAGCCCACCGAGAACGGUGGGGACUCUGACCCCGAGCGCUCACGCUGCCCCCGAGAGAGCCGACUGCCCCAGGACGACGAGCGACCCCCCGAGGAGUACGACCAGCCCUGGGAGUGGAAGAAAGAGAGGAUUUCCAAAGCUUUUGCAGCUCUGCUUUGUUAUGACUGCAUUAGCUACGAGGGCUCAAUAAAUGGCACUGGAUCACUUCCCCACAGAAGAAAGGACUGCAACUCUAAAUCCCCCACAGUAGAGAUUAAAGUGAUCAAGGACCUUCCGUGGCCCCCUCCUGUGGGGCAGCUCAACACCAGCCCUCCCCCAGUGCUGGUGGAGGAGGAGCAGGAGUCGCCCUCCCAGAACACUCAGCCCUCGCCUGGACAGACAAGCAGUGAGCAGCAGCACCAGGUCCAGUUUGACGGCGUGGAGAAGCCCCGAAUGUCGCCCACCAAGGAAGGGAAAGCUCGCCCACUACAGCGGCACUCCAGCGGCUGCUUGGUGAACACCAAAAUGACGUCGGCGGACCAGUCCAGCACCUCGUCCCUCGGGGAACGCAUCGAUCCCAGCAUGCCCUUGGAGAGCCAGUUUUGGUACCAUGGCGCUAUCAGUCGGACGGAUGCCGAAUGCCUGCUAAGGCUGUGCAAGGAGGCAAGCUACCUGGUGAGGAACAGCGAAACGAGCAAGAACGACUACUCCCUCUCACUCAAGAGCAGCCAGGGCUUCAUGCACAUGAAGCUGUCCAGGACCAAAGAGAACAAGUACGUCCUGGGCCAGAACAGCUGCCCCUUCGACAGCGUGCCCGACAUCAUCCAUUUCUACUCCAGUCGUAAGCUGCCCAUCAAGGGGGCCGAGCACAUGUCCCUGCUGUACCCCGUGGCCAUCAGGACACUAUAGUGCCAUCGGUCCCAAAGAAGUCACCUUUUGGGCUCACACACGGAAAGGGAAAUCCCAAACUGCUGAUUCUGACUCAUCUCACUGGCCGAUGGAUGCUGACUUUGGUGGAUUUAUUUGAUGUUAUUUAUGAUAGACACCCGCUUAACGGCACGGACCUCCACCAAGACGAAACCCAACGUUUGUCACGACUUGUCAUUUUUUCCAGAAGUUUGCAAAAGGGAGACGUCACAUAUGUUCGUGUUUGAGGGAGUGUAGUCCUGUCCUGACAAGGUCUGUACGCGGUUAUCUUUUUCACGUCAUGGUCAAUAUUGUCUGCCAUCCGUCACCAAGGGGGUGGCGUGUCACGCCAAUGACAGCGAAAGUGGCGAGAUGGACCGGAGAGCAUCAUGAUGGAUGGACCGAGCCGUCCGGCAUCAUACAAUCGGCUGAGGCUGGAAACACACCCAACUGUUAACCUCCGACCUUUCCCUACCGCCGCCCCACCCAGAGCGCCUUGUGCAUCGGGAGAAUGAAACGCCUGCAUUGUCUACCUCAGAAAAUCAAUGUCGUUCUGUCUGCGGAUCAAUAGGUACAAUGGGAUGGCCCGCAUCAAUCCACUCUCGCCUUGACAUUCCCAAUUUCCUUAAAGUCGCAUCAUUCAUUUAGGAUUUUCUGAAAAGAAAAAAAAAAAGGACAAUUUAAGGCUGCCUUUAGUGUGUUUUAGUCACAAUGCUGUGUGAUGUCAGUAGCCUUACAAUGCAUGGGUCAGUCAGAUCAGCUGGUGUUCAAUUCUCCUUUUAAAAAGACCCAAUCCUUGACUGUAAUUUAUUGGGGGCGAAUUAGUGCCGACGUGUGGGCGGCAGCUCCCCUUUUUCCGCCCUUCUUGUGAGUCCCCAUGCGACGCUUCUACUAUGUGGUGCUCUACCUGUUUUUUGUUCUUGUCUGCUUGUCAAGCCUUGGCUAAUUGGUGCUGACCAAUCACAACGCAGCCUGUUGGAACCCGACCCUUCAUCACCAGUACAUGUGCAGAUGUGUGCCCCACAUGUUGUGACCACUACAAGACUAACUAAGAAAAACAAGUGACAGUCCCGCUUUGAACCACUUCAGAACACCUAUUUUUGGUUUUGCUCACUGAGCUUUCUUGAUUUAGGAUGGGAAAUGUCACGUGUACUAGUGCCAUUAAAGUAGUCAAAGACAGGUUUUAUCUUCUGAAGGCUGUUUGAUUUGAUAAGAAUUAUUGUGUCAAUCUGUUUAAGGCUUAACUAUUUUCACGCAAAAACAGUGGAGGUUGACCAGGGACAAUCUUCCACAGUUAUCAUCAAACCAAGAAGUAACCUACCAGCUAAAAAAAAAAGAACAUCCCAGGAAGGGCCCCGCUAACUAACAAUUAGACAAACCAGUAGCCCGGGCUACUUGCUAGCAAACAUAAACCAUUUAUUUGUAAGUUAACUCCCAAACAAAAAAAGCAGCAAGUAGCAUAUUGGCUACACAAUGGACAUGACAUAGCAAAUCUGCUUACAUUUAAAAAAAAUAAAAAAAACAACUGGAAAAAGACUACAAGCUAACAAACAAGGAGCAAGCCUGCUAACUAACAAACCAGGACGUAGCUCGCUAGCUAGUAAACAGACAAACCAAGAAAUAAUGUACUCACAAUUAAACAAACCAGGAAGUAGACUACAAGCUAGCGCAAACAAAAAAGGAGAUAUCCUGCUAAAAACACACCAGGAAGUAGACUACUAGCUAAAAACAAACAAACAUAAUAAACCGAAGGUACCAGGAAGUAUACUGCUAACUAACAUUUCAACAAAUGUUGUCUACUAAAUAGCAAACGUACUGUAAACCAUUAAGUGUUACGUUAACUCCCAAACAAAAUGGACAACCCAGGAAAUAAUCUGCUAAAAAUUAGACAAAUCACGAAGUAGAAUACAAACACAAAUUAAAAAGUAGUCUAACAAACACACCAGGGAAUAUCUUGUAAACAUUUCAACAAACCAGUGAAUUGUCUACUGUAGCUAGCAAACAAAAACAAUAAUUUGUAUGUUAACUCCCAAAGAGAACAGGUAGCCAACAAACACACAAACUCGGAGGUAGCCUGCUAACUAUCAACAAAGCAGCAAGAAGCCUACUAGCUAGUUAAUGGACAAACCGGGUAAUAAUCUGUUCACAGUUAGACACACCAGGAAGUAGACUACAAGCUAACAAACACAAACAAGGAGGUAGCCUACUAAUUAAUAAAUGACCAAACCAGGAAAUAAUCUGCUCACAGUUAGAACCACAAAGAGUUAGACUAAAAGCUAGCAAACACACUUUAGGAAGUACCGUAUUUUUCGGACUAUAAGUCGCAGUUUUUUUCAUAGUUUGGCCGGGUGUGCGACUUAUACUCAGGAGCGACUUAUGUGUGAAAUUAUUAACACAUUACCGUUAAAUAUCAAAUAAUAUUAUUUAGCUCAUUCACGUAAGAGACUAGACAUAUAAGAUUUAAUCGGAUUUAGCGAUUAGGAGUGACAGAUUGUUUGGUAAAUGUAUAUCAUGUUCUAUAUGUUAUAGUUAUUUGAAUGACUCUUACCAUAAUAUGUUACGUUAACAUACCAGGCACGUUCUCAGUUGGUUAUUUAUGCGUCAUAUAACAUACACUUAUUCAGCCUGUUGUUCACUAUUCUUUAUUUAUUUUGAAUUGCCUUUCAAAUGUCUAUUACUGGUGUUGGGUUUUAUCAAAUAAAUAUUCCCCAAAAAUGCGACUCAUAGUCCAGUGCGACUUAUAUGUUUUUUUCCUUCUUUAUCAUGCAUUUUCGGCCGGUGCGACUUAUACUCCGGAGCGACUUAUACUUAGAAAAAUAUGUUAUCUUACUUACAAACACACCAGGAAUUAGCUUGCUAACAAACGCACCAGGAAGUAGCCUAUGAGCAAAAAAACCCCCCAAAAAACGAAGAUACCAGAAAGUAUACUGCUAACCAACAAUUAGACAAGAUAGCAAAUAUAUAAGUAGCCUACAAUGUAGUAAAUGGACAAACCGGGAAAUAAUCUGCUCAGUUAAACAAACCAGGAAGUCAACUAUAGACUAACAAACACAAAUUAAGAAGUAGCCUGCUAACAAACACACCAGGAAGUAUCCUACUAGCUUAAAAAAAUUGAACACACCACAUAGUAUACUGUUAACUAAUAAUUAGACAAACCAGUAAGUUGUCUAUUAGCUAGCAAAUAUAAACCAUUAAGUAUUAUGUUAACUUCCAAAUUCCAAACCCGGUAAUAGCCUGCUAACUAACAAUCAAACCAGGAAGUCGCCUACUAGCUAGUAAAUGGACAAACCAGGGAAUAAUCCGCUCAUAAUUAGACUAACCAGGAAAUAGACUACUUGCAAGUGACUGCGAGUUACCUACAUUUUGCUGUAAGUACCGUAUUUUUCGGACUAUAAGUCGCAGUUUUUUUCAUAGUUUGGCCGGGGGUGUGACUUAUACUCAGGAGCGACUUAUGUGUGAAAUUAUUAACACAUUACCGUAAAAUAUCAAAUUAUAUUAUUUAGCUCAUUCACGUAAGAGACUAGACGUAUAAGAUUUCAUGGGAUUUAGCGAUUAGGAGUGACGGAUUGUUUGGUAAACGUAUAGCAUGUUCUAUAUGUUAUAGUUAUUUGAAUGACUCUUACCAUAAUAUGUUACGUUAACAUACCAACGUUCUCAGUUGGUUAUUUAUGCCUCAUAUAACGUACACUUAUUCAGCCUGUUGUUCACUAUUCUUUAUUUAUUUUAAAUUGCCUUUCAAAUGUCUAUUCUUGGUGUUGGGUUUUAUCAAAUAAAUUUCCCCCAAAAAAUGCAAUUUAUACUCCAGUGCGACUUAUGUUUUUUUCCUUCUUUAUUAUGCAUUUUCGGCCGGUGCGACUUAUACUCCGAAAAAUAUGGUAGUUUACUACUUGUAAACAAAGCAAAUAAUAAACACACAAACUAGGAAGUUAAAUCAAACCGAAUAAUAACCUGCUAACUAAUUAACACACCAGGAAGUAGCUUUCUAGCUAAUACGCAGUGGGCACCAGUUAUAAAAAUGGAAUAUCUUAAUGUUGGCUUUAACUUUAUGUGUGGUAUCAGUUGCAAUGUAAAAGUGUCGAUUACAUUUUUUUGAAAAAAAGCAAUGAGUCAAGUUGCUUGGUGAGCAAAUCCAAGACAGUUAGCGAAGUUUAGGCAAUGAGUAAGUGAGCGUUAGGUAGGACCCACCAUUGUGUGCUAUGCAACUGCUGUGGUCGAAGGAGGGCAACAAGACUGGUGUUUAAAUAUGGUACCAAACACGGUGAGCAGAACCACCUACUUGCUAUGAAGCGAGACACGUCGCACCAAGAGGACGUCGCUGCAGCCUUACCAGGACAUUGUUCUUUCAAUCGAAUGGACCUAGGAGAGAGAAGACAAGCAAAGAUGUUUAAAUGUUGUCGUGGGAAUACGCUCGUUUGUUAUUUGAAAUACUGCUGCUGACGAGUGUUAUUGUACUUCAGCUAGGAGAGGCCUUAGGUGUUCCAAAAGGAGGAAUAAACGGAAAGACUGCAAUCAGAAAUUUGCUUACGUCUAUCAUAAGAGCAUCUCUGUCAGAAGUGUCUUAACGUACGUGUGUGUGGGUGUGUGUGUGUGUGUGUGUGUGUGUGUGUGUGUGUGUGUGUGUGUGUGUGUGUGGCAUCCCCUCAUGGCCAAAUGUAUAUACUGAAUGUAUCGUAACGGGGAGAUAUCAAAUAAAUAAAUACAUGAAGAAAUUGGGGCUUAAAGUUGAUGAGUGUGACACAUUUUGGAGAGGAUGUCAGCUGCCGUGCCCUGCCUGUAAAUAGCCGGUGGUUGCUACUUUGAGUGAAGGACG